GUCGCGGGCGGCUGACGUCGCCGGGGCCCGGCGUCGCGUCAGGGCUGGCCGGCGGCGGAGGCGGCGGCGGCGGCGAUGGCAGCGGACCCCUGAGCGAGCUUGAGGGCUCGGACCCAGCUCCCUCCCGCGAAACCUUGGGCCGAUCCGGCGCUGCGGCCCCAGCUCGCUCCGCUCCUGCUCCCUCCCCGGCCGCUGCCUGGGCGGAGGCAGAGGCAGAGGCCCGGGCUGGCCGCCCUGCUCGUGCCCCAGCUCGGCCCCGGACGGCCCGGCUGCUGUGCAGAGAGGAGGCCGAGUCGUGAAAAGAGAAUACUGAAGAAUAGGAUCUCAAGAUGAGUAAAAAGCCCCCAAAUCGCCCUGGAAUCACUUUUGAGAUUGGUGCUCGUUUGGAGGCACUGGACUACUUACAAAAAUGGUAUCCAUCACGAAUUGAAAAAAUUGACUAUGAGGAGGGCAAGAUGUUGGUCCAUUUUGAGCGCUGGAGUCAUCGUUACGAUGAGUGGAUUUACUGGGAUAGCAAUAGAUUGCGACCCCUUGAGAGACCAGCACUAAGAAAAGAAGGGCUUAAAGAUGAGGAAGAUUUCUUUGAUUUUAAAGCUGGAGAAGAAGUUCUGGCUCGUUGGACAGACUGUCGCUAUUACCCUGCCAAGAUUGAAGCAAUUAACAAAGAAGGAACAUUUACAGUUCAGUUUUAUGAUGGAGUAAUUCGUUGUUUAAAAAGAAUGCACAUUAAAGCCAUGCCUGAGGAUGCUAAGGGGCAGGAUUGGAUAGCUUUAGUCAAAGCAGCUGCUGCAGCUGCAGCCAAGAACAAAACAGGGAGUAAACCUCGAACCAGCGCUAACAGCAAUAAAGAUAAGGAUAAAGAUGAGAGAAAGUGGUUUAAAGUACCUUCAAAGAAGGAAGAAACUUCAACUUGUAUAGCCACACCAGACGUAGAGAAGAAGGAAGAUCUGCCUACAUCUAGUGAAACAUUUGUAGGACUUCAUGUAGAGAACGUUCCAAAGAUGGUCUUUCCACAGCCAGAGAGCACAUUAUCAAACAAGAGGAAAAAUAAUCAAGGCAACUCAUUUCAGGCAAAGAGAGCUCGACUUAACAAGAUUACUGGUUUGUUGGCAUCCAAAGCUGUUGGGGUGGAUGGUGCUGAAAAAAAGGAAGACUACAAUGAAACAGCUCCAAUGCUGGAGCAGGCGAUUUCACCUAAACCUCAAAGUCAGAAAAAAAAUGAAGCUGACAUUAGCAGUUCUGCCAACACUCAGAAACCUGCACUGUUAUCCUCAACUUUGUCUUCAGGGAAGGCUCGCAGCAAGAAAUGCAAACAUGAAUCUGGAGAUUCUUCUGGGUGUAUAAAACCCCCUAAAUCACCACUUUCCCCAGAAUUAAUACAAGUCGAGGAUUUGACGCUUGUAUCUCAGCUUUCUUCUUCAGUGAUAAAUAAAACUAGUCCUCCACAGCCUGUGAAUCCCCCUAGACCUUUCAAGCAUAGUGAGCGGAGAAGAAGAUCUCAGCGUUUAGCCACCUUACCCAUGCCUGAUGAUUCUGUAGAAAAGGUUUCUUCUCCCUCUCCAGCCACUGAUGGGAAAGUAUUCUCCAUCAGUUCUCAAAAUCAGCAAGAAUCUUCAGUACCAGAGGUGCCUGAUGUUGCACAUUUGCCACUUGAGAAGCUGGGACCCUGUCUCCCUCUUGACUUAAGUCGUGGUUCAGAAGUUACAGCACCAGUAGCCUCAGAUUCCUCUUACCAUAAUGAAUGUCCCAGGGCAGAAAAAGAGGAUACACAGAUGCUUCCAAAUCCUUCUUCCAAAGCAAUAGCUGAUGGAAGAGGAGCUCCAGCAGCAGCAGGAAUAUCGAAAACAGAAAAAAAAGUGAAAUUGGAAGAAAAAAGCUCAACAGCAUUUGGUAAGAGAAAAGAAAAAGAUAAGGAAAGAAGAGAGAAGAGAGACAAAGAUCACUACAAACCAAAACAGAAGAAGAAGAAAAAAAAGAAAAAGAAAUCUAAGCAGCAUGACUAUUCAGACUAUGAAGACAGUUCCCUCGAAUUUUUGGAAAGGUGCUCUUCUCCACUAACUCGAUCUUCUGGGAGUUCUCUGGCUCCACGAAGCAUGUUUACGGAGAAAACUACAACCUAUCAGUACCCAAGGGCAAUUCUGUCCGUUGAUCUUAGUGGUGAAAACUUAUCAGAUGUAGACUUCCUAGAUGAUUCUUCAACGGAGAGUUUGCUCCUGAGUGGGGAUGAAUACAAUCAGGACUUUGAUUCAACCAAUUUUGAGGAAUCUCAGGAUGAGGAUGAUGCUCUUAAUGAAAUUGUGCGAUGUAUUUGUGAGAUGGAUGAGGAGAAUGGCUUCAUGAUCCAGUGUGAAGAAUGCUUGUGUUGGCAACACAGCGUGUGCAUGGGGCUGCUGGAGGAGAGCAUUCCAGAGCAGUAUAUCUGCUAUAUCUGCCGGGACCCACCAGGUCAGAGGUGGAGUGCAAAAUAUCGUUAUGAUAAGGAGUGGUUGAAUAAUGGGAGAAUGUGCGGGUUAUCAUUUUUCAAAGAAAAUUAUUCUCAUCUCAAUGCCAAAAAGAUAAUUUCUACACAUCACCUGCUUGCUGAUGUCUAUGGUGUUACAGAAGUGCUACACGGGCUACAGCUGAAGAUUGGAAUACUAAAGAAUAAACAUCAUCCUGACCUUCAUCUCUGGGCUUGUUCUGGGAAGCGAAAAGACCAAGAUCAAAUAAUAGCUGGGGUGGAGAAAAAAAUAGCUCAAGACACAGUUAAUCGAGAAGAAAAGAAAUAUGUACAGAACCAUAAAGAACCACCUCGUUUGCCCCUAAAAAUGGAAGGAACUUAUAUAACAAGUGAGCAUAGCUAUCAAAAGCCACAAAGUUUUGGUCAGGACUGUAAAUCUCUCGCAGACCCUGGGAGCUCAGAUGAUGACGAUGUUAGUAGUUUGGAAGAAGAACAAGAAUUCCACAUGAGAAAUAAAAACCGUUUACAGUACUCAGCAAAAGAACACGGAAUGCCUGAAAAGAAGAAUCCAGCUGAAGGGAAUACAGUAUUUGUUUAUAAUGAUAAAAAGGGCACCGAGGACCCAGGAGACUCACAUCUUCAGUGGCAGCUCAAUCUCCUUACACACAUAGAAAAUGUGCAGAAUGAAGUUACCAGCAGGAUGGACCUAAUAGAAAAAGAAGUCGAUGUUCUGGAAAGCUGGCUUGAUUUCACAGGGGAGUUGGAGCCACCAGAUCCUCUUGCAAGAUUGCCCCAACUUAAACGCCACAUAAAACAGCUCCUAAUUGACAUGGGCAAAGUACAGCAGAUAGCAACUCUUUGCUCUGUAUGACAACAGUGAACACUUAAUGAAAGAAUGUGGCUUUCUUCAGUCAAAGCAUUUUUAUUACCCAAGUGACGGCUAAGUGGAUAAUUUAAAAGCUUAGUAAUGUCUGGUCAUUCACUGAUUUGUGAUGUCAAUAGGAUGGCACCUUGGAAAGAAAAAGGAAGAACAACUUGAUCAAGGAAGCUAGUAUUUAAAAACAAAUUCAUGAGCAAGCUGCAAAUGAGAAGGUGUUAUAUGCCAAGGAACAAUGAAGUAGAAUAUAAUGUAUACUAAGGGAUUUCAAGUUGGCAGAAUUUUUGAGUAGUUGCUUACAUGAAGCUCAAGAUACCUGUAGAAAGAAAUAUGGUAUAUUUGUAUAGUUUUUAAUAGAAAGAUCUAUGUUUAUAAACCAGCACUUGGCCAAAAACAAAAUUGUAAAGGAAAUUUAAAUUCUGGAGAAUUCUACAGGGUUGCUCUAAGAACUGUCUUCUCAGCAGUUGAUCCAGCUGUACGGAAAUUUAGGGUAUUUAAACUUUUAUAGGAUCAUGAGCUGUUUCUUGGGCGAUGAAUGUUCUUAAUCAGAAAACUGACAGUAGAAGUCUCACUUCUGGGAAAAACAGUUGUGGAAUUCUUACUUCAUUAUGAAUGUAUUUAAAAAACAAACACCAAAUAAUUGGAAUAUAUUGCAGGCAUUAAGCUCAUUAAAAACAAACUGGCUUGCAGAAGGGUCCGAUGUGCCAAGUGAUCAUGAUUCUGCUGGAAAGACGAUUUUAAAUAUUGUGAGAGUUCUCCCACCCUAAGUCUUACAUAAUGCCACCAGUCCAUCCAAAACCUAUGUAUCACUUAUACUAUAUAUAUCAUAUAUAUAGUUGAAUGGCAGUAUUCAGGCUCAACGUACAGUUUGAUCCUGAGUAUGCUUGGUGUUUGUUUGCCUUCAGAAAAAAAAAAAAAAAAAGCAUUGUAAAUAACCUCAGCUGGGAUGAGGAGUGACAGAAUAUCAAAAUAAUUUGUGGCUGUGGAUUUUUUUAACUGCUAGUAGUGGAAUACUGGAAAAGCUUCAUUUCUGAAGAUGAAUUUUAUUUUUAAAAAAUACAUGCACUCUCAAAACUUUUAGCUUUGAUCACAAAUGGACAAAUUUCUGAAACCAAAGGCAACUAAGUUGCUGUGUUAGCUCUUGCUGGAUUUUGAGCCUAGGUCCUACUGUCUGCCAGUACUCAUGUGAGUUGUAUGCGCCCCCAGUGCUACAUACGCAGGUAUGCGUAAGUGUGUAUGCUUGUUUUAAACAAACACUCAACGUACAUAUGUACAUAAUCUACACAUAUUUAUAUCACAUAUCUAGUUUUAUUACUAUAGACUAUAUGAAUUGGUGGUUAACAUGAAAUGUUACCUUUUAACAGACUGUUUUUAAAAAUUAAAAAUGUAUGUAUAGGUUUUGAAAUUUUUUUAAAAGGGGAAAAAGACUGUUAAGAGGAGGCUAUUUGAUGACAUAACACUUGAAUAUUUUAUGCCUCAUUCUGUUUAUCAGUUCUCGCAAUCUGUAUAAAUGCAUUUUAGAACUGAUAGACAGUAAACUUGAAUUUAUCUUUGAUAAGAAUACAUGCCACUGUACAUUCAGAUAUUAUUUAAAUUUGCAAACACAUUGUUCUAUAUGUAAGGGUACUGUAUGUAAAACUCUUUAUUAAAACUAUUCCACAUAUCCUAAAAUUUCAGCUUGCCUUUUUGCGGCCUUAUAUUUUGAUGUAAAGAUUAAAAGAAUGUGCAAAACAGUCAGAAAUUUUUAUUGCCUUUUGAGAUUCUCCAACUUGACAAAUGUGCCAAAGAUCAACAGACAGAAAAUAUAGUCCUGUGUAUUUACUUGUCAUAGUUUAACUUUGUGAAAGAUCUUACUGAUAAAUGAAAAGCUUUAGCAGAGGUGGUAUUGUGAGGUAAUUGCUUAAAUUUGCAUAUCAAAGCAAAAAAGUAGUGCCUGUAUUCCAUGUGUGGAGUAAAUUUGCUAAUGUCUAUAUUUUAUGAUCGAUACUAUUAUUUUUCCUUUGCGUUUUAAAAUAAUGGCUCUAAUAUUUUCCCUGUCAUGGCUACAUUCUAGACAUUGAAUUUAUAUCUUCUUUUUUUCAGAUACGGAGCAAAUAGCAUCCUUAACCUAUGAGUAAUGAUGUUGCCUAGAUUCUUGUCACACACACAGAAGACCCUUUGUACCUAGUAACAUUCAUCCUCUCGAUUCCUGGUGAACACGGUUAAAUUCAUGCACGUUUGUUCUUGUAGUUUCUAAAAAUUAGAUCAAUUUAUUUGUUAGCCAACAAAUUGAAAAUUCCAUUAUUAGAGUACUGAAAUUUUUGCUCUGCUUAUAUGUCUACAAACUGGAAAUCUGAAUUUUUAAAUUUAGAUCUUUAAAUCAAAUUAUUUUUAUGCAUAUUUUCAUUUAAUAUAGAGUAUAUCAAUCGAUUGAAGCCUUUCACAACUAGUGCGCUGAGCCUUUUCUUUAAGAGAGUGAAUUAGUUUCUGAGAAGUCAAUCCAUUGUGAAAAGUUUCAGAUGAGAUUAUUUUCUUUUAGUCUUUUUAAAUAUCACUAUAUGUAUUUAAAUAGAAGGAAUAAACUAGAGAGAGUGUUUCUUGAAAAGACAAUGUUUUAUUUGCCACCAGGCGGAACAGAUGAGCAUUGGUAGAGAAGGCUCCCUCUUGGUAUGUUGCUGAUAAACUUGUACUUCCUCAUACUUGUUUGUGGUUCUACUGACUUAUUUCCAAACUUAAGGGUAAUGUACUUCGAAAACAACUUGGUUAUUCUUUAAAUUUCAGGUAAAACCCCUUUUCCUAACACUUAUCUUAUUUCCACUGUCUUAUUUCCUCUCAGAUGUUCAUAUUUCACAUGGUCAAAGUGAAGCGUACUAUUUCCCCUCCAAUAAACGAAGUCUCCUGCCAA